GAGAGGAGAGAUGGGUCAUUAUGGCAAAUACACACGAAAGGAACAUCAUUGAAGAUUGAAGAUUGAAGAUUGAAUGGAUUGGAAAGCAAUGGCGAAAAGAAUCGAACCGAUUCAGGCACAGGCUUUUGUUAUCCAACAAAAAAAGAUAUGCAAGCUAUGCAAUUUAGCAUGCCUAAUCCCAGAGGCAAAAUAAGCGAAAACUCUUGCUCUCCCACGUCCGAAGUAGAAGAUGGGUUCCGUGAUUGCCACGCAGAUUGAAAGACGAAACGCACUCGAAAUCCAAGACAGAACCCUCUCUGAUCUUAAACUUUCCGGCCAAGACUUCCCCGGUUCUCGUUACCACCCCCUGGAUAGAAAAAACUGGAUGUCCAUUCUCAACCCACAAAAUCUUCGCAUCCAUAAAAUCGUUUGGCCUGGAACCCACGAUUCCGCAACCGACAAAAUCGGCAUCCCCUUUAUCUCCCGCCCUUUUGCACAGUGCCAAACGUUAUCGGUCUAUCACCAGCUCGCGAUGGGCACGCGAGUGCUUGACAUCCGGGUUGAUGAGAAUGGCAAUGCCUGUCACGGAAUUCUGAUCACGUACGGAAUUCAUGUUGUGAUGGAUGAUGUUAAAAAGUUCCUCUCCGAAACAGAGUCAGAGAUCAUAAUUCUUGAGAUUAGAACGGAGAUUGGGCACAGGGACCCACCUGGAUUCGAUGUAUACCUGGUGGAUCAACUGGGGGAGCUUCUGAUUCAUCAGCAUGAUAAUGUGUUUAAGAAGACGAUCGCCGAGGUUUUACCCGGGAGAAUCCUAUGUGUUUGGAGGCCGAGAAAAUUCAGUCAGCCAGAAGCAGGGGGGGCCCUGUGGAGCGCAGGAUAUUUGAGGGAUGACUGGAUCAACACAGACUUGCCGUCGACUAAAUUCGAGAGCAAUAUGAAGCAUUUGAGGGAGCAACCACCGCUGGCGUCGAGGAACUAUUUUUAUAGGGUGGAGAAUACGGUGACGCCGGUGCCGGAUAACCCGAUCCUGCACGUGAAACCUGUGACGGAGAGGAUACGUGGGUAUGCUAGGCUCUUCAUCGCUCUGUGCUUCUCCCAUGGAUGUGCUGAUAGGCUACAGAUAUUUUCUACGGAUUUCAUAGACGAGGAUUUUGUCGAUGCAUGUGUUGGUCUUACUCAUGCAAGAAUUCAAGGGAUAGCCUGAACUUAUCUAUAUUCCCAGUUCAGUUCUUGUGCAUACCUUCUUUCCAUCUUUUCUCGAUGUAAUCAACUUCAUUGACAUCACAUUCACAUUCAAAAAAAGCAUUAAACCUUAGAUCA